AUGAACAAAACUACCUCUGAAGGCAUAAUAUCUGCCGCGACCUUUAAGGAGGGCGCACGCGAUACGCCGGAUUCCAAACUCUCAAUGAGUGCAGAGUCAGAUGCGGAAAGUAGUGACUCCGGCGAGCAGACGCUUCAGACCUCUGACUUCUCCGAGCCAGAGCCCUGUGAUUCCACAUUCCACUCCAACAGUCUUCCCCUCCAGCGACGACGACGGCGUCGAAGUCGUCGUCUGAAUGAUGACUUCAGCGAUGAGAGCGACCAGUGGAGCCUCAGUGAUAGUCUUCCAAGCAGCCAACAACAACAAGCCCAUCAACAAGUGGAACCGUUGGUGCCGGCAGCUCCUAUUGCCUGUGUGGAGUGCAGUGUCAUCCUCCUAGAAGACGUCGACGUCAAAUCAAUAUCCCUUCAAACUGCCCUGGAGACGUGGUUUCGUGAACUGCGCUGCUACACUGAACUAGAUAACCCAAAUAUUCUCAUUAGCAAGACCUUGGCCUCUUGUAGGUAA